AUUGACCCCGGUUGAGAGGAAUGAAAGUAGAGAGGACAUAUCAGUUUCCUUCUCUGGUCUGUUAGAUCUAGCAGUUAGGGUUGGAGCCGCCGGCCGGUGCGGCAACCGCCUGUUUAAACGUUCGUGCCCAAUCUCCCAGAGAACCAUUUGGAGCAGUGCGGUGUUUCUGCAUCCAUGGCUGCAUCCAGCGGAACAGCCUCAUGUGCACCUCGAAGGUGCAGCGCAGUCGGUAUGAGUGCAAGCAGGGCGUACUUGGCUCCAUAAUGGCUUGACAAGGCUGUCGCUGAUGAGGUACACAUCGAGCUACUGAAAUGACACGAAUUCAAGAGGUUCAAAUUGGAUGGAAAGGUCUUUUGCGGGAUGUACUCCACACCCUGGGGGGAGAAGACCCUAUGUACAUGAAACUGGAAACCGGCAAUUCAAUGUUCCAGUCUCGUGUUCGGUUUACAGUACCACCGGGAAUACCUCCAACCAAAGAGAUGGAGGUUAUUUGUAACAGAAAUCGCUGCUUCUCGCUAUGGGAAGCAGAGGUAGAGCCUACCGCGUUAGCAUUGCAGCAAUUUGAAUGGGGUGGUCUUGGGACCAGGUUGAUGGAUGUGAGUCGAGUUAAAUGUGAUCAUCUGAAGGCAAAGGCGGAGCAGUUGCUAGUGAAGGCUGGCGAGAUGCAUCGCGACAUUAAUGUGUUGCUGCUAUACUGGGUUGAUAUGAUUGAGGAGCUUACGUACGAGCGUUGUGCACUGUGUGAUCGUAUUGCCGAAGAUAGAAUUCAUCGGCCAGAAACUAAGUAUCGUAUUAUAAUGCGUGACGUUGCUAGUCGGUUGGUUGUGUUGAGGAAAGGUAAGACUCCAGGAAUGAAGGAAUUCUGGAGCCGAUUGCAAGAGUUGAAGGAUAAGAUAUACGUAGCAAGGCAUGCUAUGGAGUCACACUAUCGUGUGGAUGUUGUCGAACAGGCGCACAGGAAGCUUGUUCAUAUCAAAUUAAGCAUGAGGCUUGUGCUGCGUGAGAUGAUGACGUCUCUUGGUUGGGCGGCUCCUGUUUUUACUGCAUGUUUUCAGGGUCAAGAGAUGUAUGUUUGUAAGGUAGAACUAUUUCCUGGGCAUGUUUCUAUUAUGGAGAACAUCAUCACCAUCACAGGGGCAGAGAUGAAAACUGAGGCUGAUGCCGUUGAGAGUGCUGCUUUGGCCGCAAUACUAUAUCUGGAGGUGGAAAAGCAUAUGUAUGUAGUAUAUAUUAACUACAAUCGCAGGUCCCAUGGCGAGCUUUAUGUUUACCAAGCAGAAGAUAUGGUGCAACUUGCCACAUCAUUGGCAGACCAUGUUUUUCAGGAGUGGAACAUCAUGCUGGAUUCAUUGAAAGAAAAUGACAUGGAAUGUAGGACACAGUUCGGAAUGCAUGUGAUAGAGGGUCCAAAUGAUUGGGUGUACAAUGUGAAAUGAGAAUGUGCAAAAAAGGUUGCCAGGCUUUGUAUGAGCUGUGGUGAUGGUCUGGAUGUUGCAACGCGGCGAUUCAAGGUGUCUUCGACAUGGAUCGAAGAGCAGUAGCUGAAAUGCUGUGUGUUGCAGGUAGACUGGAUCAAUGGAUUUGUACAAGAUCGUAGUUUGGGUGUUUGUUUCCGUGUAUCAGCACCAGUGUUCUAGUUCGGAAAUGAGAAUUUAUUAGAAGUAUGUAUAUUUGUAUGUUGAAACCUCGGUAUUGUAACGAUCUUAUGAACCGAUCAGUGUAUGUCUUUUCAGUGUAAAAUAGUACCAGCAGUUGUAUCGUUGCUGUUA